AUGAAUUCAAAUCAACUAAUCUCAUCAUCCUCUCUUAUGCAUUUCCUCUUUUAUGUUGUUAUAUUUCUAACUUCCACGGCCAUCUCAACUUCCUAUGCCGAUGGAAAUGACACGGAUCAUCACUCUUUGCUCGAGAUCAAGUCGAUGAUCACCUCCGAAGCUCUAACCUCAUGGAACAAUUCCCUUCAUUUCUGUGAUUGGAUUGGUGUUACAUGUGGAAAAUGGGAAAAAAGGGUGACGCGUUUAAAACUGAAUUCGCAAGGUCUUGAAGGCUCUUUAUCUCCUCAUGUUGGGAACCUCAGCUUCCUAUGUUUUCUCUCUCUCUCGAACAAUAGCCUUCAAGGAAAAAUCCCUCAAGAACUUGGUCGUCUUUCCAGGCUACAAUUCCUUUAUUUGUCCACAAACAAGUUCAGUGGGGUCAUUCCAGUAAACAUAUCUAGGUGUUCUAACCUUGAAACACUUAGUCUUUCUCUUAAUGAUCUAGUUGGAAGCAUACCCAAGGAGAUCGGUUCCCUCCCCAAACUUGUUAUCCUUUAUCUCGGUGAUAAUAUGUUUACAGGUCAAAUCCCACCAUUCUUGGGGAAUAUUACAUCAAUGGAAGUGUUCUCUGUUACUAGAAAUCCUUUGGGUGGGAGCAUUCCGGACACCAUAGGCCAAUGGAAAAACUUAAGAGAAUUUGACUCUGGUGGAUGUGGUUUAUCUGGAACCAUCCCUUAUUCUCUUUAUAAUCUUUCACUCCUGAUUAAUAUUACCUUGGCUUAUAAUAAUUUUACCGGUAGUCUUCCUCCAUCCAUGGGUGCAAUGCUCCCUUGUCUUGUCCGAAUUCGAUUAUGGGGUAACCAACUAACUGGACCUCUUCCAUUGUCCAUAUCUAAUUGUUCGAGGUUAGGAUAUCUUGAUAUGGGUGGAAACAAGUUUAGUGGGAAGUUGGCAAUCGACUUUGCAAAACUAAGAGAUAUAUAUUAUAUACGCUUAAGCUAUAACCUCUUUGGAAGCAAAGAAGAUGAUGAACUUAUGUUUAUUGAUUCUUUGAAAAAUUGCACUAGAUUAAAGUGGUUGCUUCUUCACAAGUGCAAGUUUCAAGGAAUGCUCCCAACAUCAAUAGGUAAUCUUUCUAAUAAACUCCAAGACCUAUAUUUAUAUGGAAAUCAGUUACACGGAAACCUCCCUAGUUCAAUCGGUAAUCUGGUUGGCUUGAAACGUUUACAUUUACAAGGAAACCAUUUCAAAGGAAACAUCCCCUCAACCAUUGGUAUCCUUCGAAACCUACAAGUUGUUUAUUUACAUAAGAACCAAUUUUCAGGGCAGAUUCCUAAAUCCAUGGGUUUAGGUCAUCCAUUCACGUUGAGGGUAUUCUCCAAGACUGGAGCCUUCCUAGGGGUCUGCUUAUGGCUGAUGAUGAUUGCGGCUAAGAGUGCUAGACUUUGGUCGCAUGUUUGCUUGUUUUAG